AUGAAUGGACCGCUGGCUUCUGGAGCUGCUGUUCCCCAUGCGGAACAUGUGCGUUUCAAAGCUGCAUGCUGUCCCUGCUUCCUCUACGGAAAGGUCUCUUCGCGACUCGACGACCCAGCACUCAAGGAAUACAGCCAUAUGAACGGCAGCUGCUGCCUCUACGCCCUAACCUCCUACGUCGGCUUCUACUGGAUUCUCCUGAUGCUCAAGCGCGGCCAGAUGCGCGACCGCUUCGGCAUCGAAGGAAACGGCUGCAAGGACUGCAUGGCGGCGUGCUGCUGUCCGUGCUGCGUGCUCAUGCAGCAGGAUAAGGAGGCCGAGGCGCAGUCGGAGAAGAUUGAGAAGGCGUCGUCGGGUGCCGCUGGGUAUCAGGCGCCUGCGGGGAUGGCGUAUGCGAGUGCGAAUGGGAAUUUCUAG